UAUAUAUACGAAUAAUUUUUGCGAAUUUCUGAAGAGUGAUAUACAUAAUUUUUAAUGUCAUGCUAUAUCAAAAUACAGUUAUACAUGUUUUAUACAUCGUACAGACGUUCAAUUAAUUCUGAUAAAUCACAAUGAGCCGACAAGUUGUUUUGAAACUAUACAAGGACAUUCUGAGAUACGGCGAAACUUUAAAGUUUACGGACAAAAAGUACUUUCGAUACAGAAUCCAGACUGCUUUCAGAACUAAUAAAGAUCUGUCUGAUGAGACGGCGAUAAACUUCCAAUUGCAGGUAUGAAAUUCUUGGAAGCUAAGAAAGUGGUUUAAAUCAUCAUUGGGUUUAUUACAAGAGAGACAUUUUAUGAAAACAG